UUGAAGCCUGGCAAUUAGUCGCCAUUCAGCCGCUAAAGGGGCAGUUUGCCCCCCAAACCCAAGGUUGGGGGCGGGGGGGGAUGACUCCCCAGAGCCUAAUUUUUCCCGUGGCGGGCCCCGGUUGGCUGACGAGGCCCGCCCCCUGCCCACAGGCAAGAUGGCGGCGGGCAGCCUUGCCGGCCUUCGCUAGGGCGUUUGCCCAUCGGGCUCCGUUGCCUUUAGUGAAGAUGGAGAAGCGGCGGCCCGCGCCGCCGGUUGCCGCUUAUCCAGAGGCAACCCGAGCAGCCCCGGGCCGGGGGCCCGCGGCGGAGAGCGAAGAGGAGUUUUUGCGCCAUGCCGGGGUGACGGACAUGCUACGGACGGCGCUGCUGAAGGUGCUGGAGGCGCGCCCCGAGGAGCCGGUCCCUUUCCUGGCCCGGUACUUCGAAAACCUGAGCCUGAGCUCGCUGCCAGGCGGGGAGCCUGCGGGGCAUCUCCUCGCCCAGCAGCAACGCAUCGGCUGGGCCCUGUGGCACCUGCGGCUGGCUCACCACUCCCAGAGGACGGCCUUCAACAACAAUGUCAGCGUGGCCUAUGAAUGCCUGAGCGUGCGCGACUGGAAGAAGAAGCCGGGCCUGGACGGGCGCACCUACAGCGAGCUGCUGAAACGGAUCUGCCGGGACGGCCAGGCCCCCGACUGCAUCAUGAUGUCGUUGCUAGACAAGAUCCAGUGCCGGGACCACGAGGCGGUGCCCUUCUCCAUCUUCCGAUCCGGCACGCUCACCUGCUUCGUCCUCCUGGAGUUCCUGGCCCGGGCCGGAGCCCUCUACGCCGUCCUGGAUGACUCGGGCCAGGCGGACCGCCAAGUGUGCAUGGUGGUGCUGGGCACGCUGGAGGAGGCACUGGAUACCGGCGACUUCUCCGUCCCGGUGCGCUACCUGGAAGCCGGCUCCAAGCUGGGCCCGGACGCCCUGGCCAGGGCCAUGGACAAGGCCCUGCUGGGCCCGAGGUGCCACUUGGCCAUGCAGCAGGGCGAGUUCCUGGAGAGGGCCGCUGCCCUGUUCCUCACCAAGGUCAGGCCCGUCAACUGACUCCGCCCGGCACCCGGACUGCCCAGUCCGGGUCGGGGGCUUGAGGCGGGGAUCUGGGGCUCGUUGGGUGCCGGAGCGACGUGUCCUGUCCUACCUCGCGUCGCCAAUCGGCAGAGAGGGGAGAGCCGUCAGCUCACCACUCCCCGACUCCCCCCACCCGGCCCUUGCUCUCGAACGCUCCCGACCGGGGCUGACGGUGCAGGCCGUGGCGGGGUGGGAUGGCCCCUUGGCAGAGCGGCCGGUGAAAGAUUCCAGGGCAACGGGAGUGCCACGGGGCACCCUCCUCAUCUGGGUGGGGGCCCCGUCCCAGCCCCCACUUCUCCCCGGGUUAAUCCUGUGGCUACCCUCCUCCACUUGCCUCGGCCCCCAGGGAGAAAGCGAACAGAAGAGCUGGGGUUGGGGUGGGUGACCAGCUGGCUAAUGGGCUGAGCGGGGGGCGGGGGAGGGCAGCGGGCUCUCCAGAGCCCACCUCCAGACAGCCCAUCUCCAGCUGGCAGCCCCUUGUAUUUCCUCAGUGGACAUUCUCCCCUUUGAAGGCUCAGAUUAAUAAACUCUCCGUCAAACCUG